UUUUUUUUUUUUUUUACUUUUAUAUAUAUUAUCAUAUGGAAGAAACUCGUGAAUACGACAAGAUUCUUAUCAAAAACUUGGUUUUGAAAAAUGUUACUGGAGUUGAUUCAUGGCAACGUUUGAAAUCUCAACCUGUAGUGAUUACAGUGUGGUUGUAUACCGAUAUUAGUGCUGCUGGCGAAACUGAUCAUGUCACCAAUUCUAUUCACUAUGGCCAUGUCACUAAAGGAAUUACAAAGUUAGCUGAAACAAGUACCUUCAAGUCUUUAGAAGCUUUAGCUCAUGCUAUUGUCAAGUUAUGUUGUGUUCAUUUUGGUGCUGAACGAACCGUGAUUACCGUGGAACAACCUAAAGCUCUUUUACAUGCUUCUGCUUCAGGUGUUCAACUCAGUCGUAGUCGACAAGACUUUAACAAUGAUGAUAUUGUGGAAACUCUUGGGGAUGUAUCCAAACUUGGUUAUCAAGAUGUAGUAUUUGUCAAAGAUCUUCGACUUCAUACAAUUAUUGGUGUUAAUCCGUGGGAAAGAGAAGAAAAACAAGUAGUGGUGAUCAAUCUGACUAUCUAUCCUUCGGCAUUACUCUAUCCUUCCUCUAUUCAUUAUGAAGAUCAACAAAAAAAGUCGCAUCAUUUACGUACCAUUGUUCGCACUUUGACUCGACAUAUUGAAGCGUCUGGUUACAAAACUGUAGAAGCUUUUGCUGUGGCAGUGGCUCGUUUGGCUUUGGAAAAAUGUCAUGUUAACAAGAUUCGUGUACGUGUGGAAAAACCAAGUGCUAUUUUAUUUGCUGAUGCCUCUGGAUUAGAAGUGACGCGUGAUAUCAAGUGGUUACGUGAUGUUUUAGAAGCUGAAAAGAAAUCGGGUCAUCACUUUGCGCAUGGUGCUACUUUGGAAGACGAGAUCGUUGGCAAGAAUAUUCCAUCUUCUUAUACUCAUACUUCAUUCAUCGCUUUGGGAUCCAAUGUUGGAGAUCGUGUGGCUCAUAUUUAUCAUGCUUUGGAUUUAUUGGAAGAAGAAUGUAGUUCGGUUGUAGUGGACACCAGUUUUUUAUACGAAACACCACCAAUGUAUUAUACUGAACAGCCUGCUUUUCUGAACGGUGUAUGCAAAAUCCUUACUUCUCUCGAACCAGUUGAACUUUUGGCCAAAUUAAAACGAGUGGAAGAAAUUAUGGGUCGUACAGCAAGCUUCCGAAAUGCACCAAGACCUAUUGAUCUGGAUAUCCUUUUUUAUGAUGAUGUGGUGAUGGAAACACCUGAUUUGACGAUUCCUCAUAUCAGUAUUCAAGAACGUGAAUUUGUACUUUGGCCCCUUUGUGAUAUCGCUAAAGGAAUGGAACAUCCUCGAUUGUACAAGACAUGCGGUCAACUUUUAUCUCAACUCCUCAAAGUGACAGCGGAAAGUGAACAAGGACCUCUCAAGAUUGAAAAAGUGAUUCCCAUACAAAAGGACAAACAAAUCUGGCAUUGGAACUCUCAAACAUAUAUCAUGGGUAUUCUGAAUACAACACCUGACAGCUUUUCAGAUGGUGGAAAUUAUGUAGAUGUGGACAAGGCAGUGGAAGCGGCUAUACGAAUGAAGGAUGAAGGUGCAGCUAUUUUGGAUAUUGGUGGCAUGUCAACACGACCUGGAGCAGAUGAUGAUUUCCCUGAAGAAGAAGAAAUCCGACGUGUGGUACCGGUGAUUCGACGUUUACGUGAACAAGGAUUUGAUCUACCCAUUUCUAUUGAUACCUUCCGUGCAAAUGUGGCAGAUGCGGCAGUAGAAGCAGGUGCUACCAUGAUCAAUGAUAUUAGCGGUGGCUCUAGGGAUCCCAAGAUGCUUCAUGUAAUGGCCAAACAUAAAAUCCCAGUGUGCUUGAUGCAUAUGCGUGGUGAUGCCAAGACGAUGAUGAACAAGGAAAAUACGACAUACGAUAAUGAUGAUGUAGUGGAUGCAGUAUCUCAACAGAUUCAUGAUUUGAUUAAACGAGCUUUAGCAGCAGGUGUAUAUCGUUGGAAUAUUAUUAUGGAUCCUGGUGUUGGUUUUGCAAAAACAGCUGAACAAGAUUUUGAACUUUUACGACAUUUGGGUGAUAUGGUGGCUGAAGAUAGUCUUUUAGAAGGAUUCCCUACAUUGAUGGGCCCAAGUCGCAAGAAAUUCAUUGGCAAGGUGACUGGGGUAGAAGAAGCUGGAAAACGAUCUUAUGGUACAGCUGGUGCUGUUGCUGCAAGUGUCGCUGGUGGUGCAAAUAUACUUCGAGUCCAUGAUGUUCGACCAAUGUGGGAAGUGGCUCGUGUAUGUGAUUCCGUAUGGAAACGUGGUGAUCAUCGUCAUUGUUAGUGGUAGUUUUAGAUAGAUUUUUUUUUUGUAUAUAUACAACUAUUUGUAUUCAAAUAAAACGUUUUUGUCUUUUAUUUUAUCAUUCA